GCUCGGUGGCGGAGGGGGCGGCGCGGCCCCGGGGGCGCCGCGCGGAGCCGCAGCCGGAGCCGCCGCCGCCGCCGCCCCCCGAGCCCAGCAUGGUGAUGGCCGAGCCCCGGCGGCCCCCGGCGCUGCUGCCCCGCGGGCUCGGGCCCGUCCGCGUCGGCUUCUACGACAUCGAGGGCACGCUGGGCAAGGGCAACUUCGCGGUGGUGAAGCUGGCGCGGCACCGCAUCACCCGCAGCGAGGUGGCAAUAAAAAUCAUCGACAAAUCUCAGCUGGAUGCUGUGAACCUGGAGAAGAUCUACAGGGAGGUGCAGAUCAUGAAGAUGCUCGACCACCCACACAUCAUAAAACUCUACCAGGUGAUGGAGACCAAAAGCAUGCUGUACCUCGUGACAGAAUUUGCCAAAAAUGGGGAGAUUUUUGAUUACCUGGCCAGCCACGGGCGCCUGAGCGAGGCCGAGGCGCGGCGCAAGUUCUGGCAGAUCCUGUCGGCAGUGGAAUAUUGCCACGGCAGGAAAAUCGUGCACAGGGACCUCAAAGCUGAGAACCUCCUGCUGGACAACAACAUGAACAUCAAAAUAGCAGAUUUUGGCUUUGGGAAUUUCUACAAGAGCGGGGAGCCUCUGACCACGUGGUGUGGGAGCCCCCCGUACGCAGCCCCAGAGGUCUUCGAAGGGCAGCAGUACGAGGGACCCCAGCUGGACAUCUGGAGCAUGGGGGUGGUGCUCUAUGUGCUGGUGUGUGGAGCCCUGCCCUUCGAUGGACCCACCCUGCCCAUCCUGAGGCAGAGGGUGCUGGAGGGGAGGUUCAGGAUCCCUUAUUUCAUGUCAGAAGAAUGUGAGCACCUGAUCAGGAGAAUGUUGGUCCUGGACCCCUCCAAACGUUUGAGCAUCGCCCAGAUCAAGGAGCACAAGUGGAUGCUGGUGGAGGUUCCUGCCCAGAGGCCAAUCCUGUACCCGGCAGGAGAGGAGAACCAGCCCUCCCUGGGCGAGUACAACGAGCAGGUGCUGAGGCUGAUGCACAGCCUGGGCAUCGACCAGCAGAAAACUGUGGAGUCCCUGCAGAACAAGAGCUACAACCACUUUGCUGCCAUCUAUUACCUGCUGGUGGAGAGGCUGAAGUCGCACCGGAGCAGCUUCCCCGUGGAGCAGCGCGUGGACGCGCGCCAGCGCCGGCCCAGCACCAUCGCCGAGCAGACCGUGGCCAAGGCCCAGGCCGUGGUGCCCUCGGUGAACCUGCAUUCCCCAAACCCAAGGCUGCUGCAGUCUCCAGGGCUCCCCUCAGCCUCAGGAGCAGAAACCUUUUCCUUCCCUCCCUCCAGCUGCCAGGGAGAGGCAGCUUUCAUGGAAGAGGAAAGGGUUGAGACACCAAAGGUGAAUGGCUGCCUGCUGGACCCCGUGCCCCCCGUGGUGAUGAGGAAGGGGUGCCAGUCCCUGCCCUCCAGCAUGAUGGAAACCUCCAUUGAUGAAGGAAUCGAGGCCGAAGGAGAGGCAGAGGAGGACCCAGCCCAGGCCUUCGCUGCCCUGCAGGCGGCUCGAGGGGGCAAGAGGAGGCACACCCUGGCUGAGGUCACCAACCAGCUGGUGAUGGUGCCAGGCACAGGGAAAGUCUAUUCCUUGGAUGAGAACUCCUCCCUGGGCAGCAUCGACUCGGAGUACGACAUGGGCUCGGUGCAGAGGGACCUCAAAUUCCUGGGCGAGACCCCUUCGCUGAAGGAGAUGGUGCUGAGCAGCCAGCAGCCCGCAGCGGUGACCUCGCCGUUCCUGGGGCUGCGGCCUGCCAACCCAGCCAUGCAGGCCCUGAGCUGCCACAAACGAGAGGCUCACAACCGCUCCCCGGUCAGCUUCCGCGAGGGCCGCCGCGCCUCCGACACCUCGCUCACGCAAGGAAUUGUAGCAUUUAGGCAGCACCUCCAGAACCUGGCACGCACCAAAGGAAUCCUGGAGCUGAACAAAGUGCAGCUGCUGUACGAGCAGAUGGGAUCAGAGGAGGAGCCUUCCCUGACAUCAGCUGCCACCCAGCUGCAGGACCUCAUUAACAGCCCUGCACAGGAGGAAGGCUCCCAGCAGCAGCAGCAGCAGCAGCAGCAGCAGGAGGCUCCAGCUGCUUUCCCCAGUGGUGCACAGCCCCCAGUGCUGUCAAGGAGGCAGAGCCUGGAGACCCAGUACCUGAAACACCGGCUGCAGAAGCCCACUCUGCUCUCCAAAGCUCCCAACACCUGCCAGCUCUACUGCAAGGAGCUGCCCCGGAGUCUGGAGCAGCAGCUCCAGGAGCACAGGCUGCACCAGAAGAGGCUGUUCCUGCAGAAGCAGUCCCAGCUGCAGGCCUACUUUAACCAGAUGCAGAUAGCAGAGAGCUCGUACCCCCGGGCCAGCGCGCUGCCCCUGCCGUGCCCGGAGGAGCUGCAGCCCCAGCAGCCGCCCCAGCAGCAGCCCCAGCAGCAGCAGCCAGCCCAGUUCAGCCUGCAGCAGCCCCUGAGCCCCGUGCUGGAGCCCUCCUCGGGCCAGCUGCCCUUCGAGCCCUUCCUCAGGCCGUUCCCCAAGGUGCAGCUGGAGCCCGGCCCGUCGCGCCUGUCCCCGCCGGGGCAGGCACAGCCGGCACAGCCCCUCCCGUUCCCCUACCAGACUUGUGAGCUGCCCGCCGUCCCCUCCGCCCCCCAGAGCCCCGGGGCAGCGCCCGAGAGCCAGAGCAGCUCUGCAGAGCCCCAGCCCAGCUACGACUCCCUGCCAGAGCUGCCCGGACUCUUUGAUUGUGAGAUGAUGGAGGCUGUGGAUCCCCAGCACGGUGGGUAUGUCCUGGUCAAUUAGCAGCCAGGGCACGCUGGAAGGACAAAAGGAGAAGCAUGUGAAUUUUUUGGUUGGUUUUUGGUUGUUUUUGUUUUUUUUUUUUGUUUUUUUUUUUCACCCUGUUCCUACCCCACCCACGUCGAAGUUUUUCGACUCUCAGAUUGACAGGGGAACUGAAAAUCCACCUGGCUGGAAGGAAAAUAAAAAAGCAGGAGGUGUUUGGCCCCAGUGGCUGGGGCUGGAGAACAGGGAGUUCAACAGCAGCUUCAUCCCACCAAGUCUGUGCGGAAGGAGGCAAAAAAGGAGAAUUUCAGAGGAAGGAAAAAGCCCCUUCUGAAAACAUCCGGGGAGUUUGGCAGCAUCCAUCCACCAUCCACUCAGAGAGGAGAGUGAGUGCACGCUUCUCGUACUUCUUGGCAAUAAAAGCAAUAGUUUUUCACUGAAAUUCAGGGUAGAUUCGGGUCUGCGCUGAUGGCAGCUGAAAUGCUCCGGAGAACAGGAGCACGAGGUGGAAUCCAGGGGAAGCUGCCCUUGGGUUGAGCUCCUGCUCUGGAAUUCCUCUGUGGGCAGCCCUGAGCGUCUCAGGCAGCCUCCCCUUCCUGCUGCUGGCACCCAGACAGGAUUUCCCAAACCUGCCAAGGAGCUCUCCACUGUCUGCUGAAGGAAUCUGGGCCUGACUUUGUCACAAGGAGCCUGGGACUGUGUGGAGAGACCUCUGGGUGGGCAUUGGAAUUGUGGAGGAUCCAGCAGAGACAGAAGGUAAGAGAGCCAUGAAAGAGAGCAAGACCUGCAGGAAAUGGCAUUAAAAAAAAAAAAUAAAAUCCACCUGGGUGGCUUUUAAAAUCACCCCCUCAUUCAGGAGGAAUUCUGCUCGCUGGAAAGGAUCCACCUGUCCCUGGGUUGCAUUUUAAAAACAAACAAGCAAACAAAACUGUGUUUUGAAUUUGCAGUAUGUGUUGCUGGUGGUUUCUUGAGCUUUGUAUAUUUGGACAGUUAUUUAGGGUUUUAGAACUUUAAGGAUAAAAAAAAAACAAACAAACAAUGAGCUUAUAAAAAGUAAAAAAAACCACCCCUGUGAAGUGAUAGUGCUGUGCCUUUUUCAGUUCUUUAUCAGCCUAUAUGCUUUUUUCUGAAGAAAGUAGACAAUACCCCAUUUAUAUCCCGGCUGUGGCCAAAGUCCCUUCAGAGCACACGUCCCACCGUGUGGGGCAGGUGUGACUUCCUCAGUGCUUGAGUGGCUCGUGUAUAUAGGUCACUGAAAGUAUCACAGCAAUAUUUCAGCAUCAGCCUCUGGAUGUGUCAGCCAUUUCAAGGGAUGCUCCAGCUCCACCUGCAGCUGUGUCUCCACAACUUUCCACUCAUGGAAUCCAGGUCCCAGCAGGGGGAGGCUCAGGGAGCUGCAGGAAGCUGAGAUUCCACUUUGGGCCUUGGCUCUGGCCCUGAGGAGGUGGUGUGGGCCAGGCCAGCCCUUUCCUGAGCAAACACCAAGCACAAUUGCAGCUUCAUCAAAGCACAAAGAGAGCGAGAGAGGAACUGUGCUGAGCACACCAGAGUUUGCUGGAAGGUUUGGCCUUUGGUGCUGCAAAUCCCCAGGGCAGAGGGAGGUGAAAAUCAGCGUUUACAGCAAUAAGAUCCCAUUAAAACACGGAAUAGGAGGGGUUUAGGCAGUGUGUGAAGGGAAGAGGGUUUAAGGGUGACAGAAGGGGCCUGGUCCCUGUGUGGGCAGGUAGAGACAACUCUGGAACCUUCUCUGACAUUGGCCCAGUCCAAGAGUGCUCAGCUUCCACCUCUGCCAGCACAGGGAUCCUCAAGGCAGCACAAAGGAGUGCAGAGAUAAAGAUGGCCAGAAAGCUGCUUUAAAGAGAGAAGGGUUUGUUUCCUUCCCUUCAGAAGGAAAUCUGAGUGACACAGACCCAGUGGCACCUGCAGGGAAGGAGCCUGACAGAAUCUGCAGGAGCAAGGAGCAAACAGAGGCCUGGCCCUGCCCUGCCCCUUCCCCUUGUGCAGUCAGGGUGGGAUCGGCCCCUGGGCAGGGAGAGCUGCUCCCAGCGCUGCCCCAGGGGCUGGGGCACUGCCACAACAACAUCAACAUCCACUUCCUUCCCCAUCCAGCUCCGGGAGCCCGCACCUUUCAGCACUCACAAGAUAAAAAUAAUUCCGUUCUGGAGCUCUGCAAUUCAUUUACCAGGAUGUGCCAAGCAGUGGGAGCUCCUUGGAGCUCUGCAGGGCUGGGCAGGGGGAGCUGCAGUAUUUUUUAAUGUAGUUUUUAGACUGACUCCUUCCCCUCAGCCAAAAGCGUAUUUAACAUUUCAUGUAAUUUCCUUUAAGCCAAUUAGGACUAAAAGGCUUCUGAAGCCUUCUCAUACAGAGAGGAUCCAUUGGGCACGGCUUCCCACUCCUUUGAAGUGGCUUUUUUGUUCCAAUCUCUUCUGUUCUAACAUUAGAGAACUGUGUACACUACUGUUAGAGUAAUUAUUAGCUUUAUUAUCUUGUACUACAGCCUCCUUUGAAGAGACUUUGGUGUGAUGUAUAUGGGGUACAAAUUUCAUACGGAGAAAAGUGCAAUAUGUGUGUGUGUGGUAUGUUCUUUAAUGUAUUUUUUUAAGGAUUUAGAGGGUUUAGUCUCUGCUUUGGGAUAAAUGCACUAGUUUUGUGAGCUCCAGUUUGGCAAGUUCAUCUGUAGUAUUUACAUGCAACUGAUCUGCUGGACUCUGUAAAGCAGUUACAGUGUAUUAAUACAAAAUAAAGAAUAUGUGCAUUUCA